GCGCCUCGCCGUGCGCGAGCGCCAUGGGACGAGCCCGAGGUCAGGGCAUGGGAGGACGACGAGGACCUGGAUUGGGACGCACCCGUCUCGCCGGCCAUCCCGGACCUGGACGCAGAGGGAGCAAUCAAAUCCAUCGAGCAGGACUUCGCGGUCAACUUGAACGCGUCGGACGCCGAGCGAAAGCGUAUCUUUAGAAAGUACUUGAUGCGGUGGCAUCCAGACAAAAACCCCGAGGAAUCCAAAGCAACAGCCACGUUUGUGGUGCAGUACCUCUACACAAACAAGGCUUGGUUCUUAGGGUCUUCAACCGAGAUUACGCCGCUGCUGCAAAAUGCGAGCGCUGGCAUGAGCUAA